UGGUAAAGAGGGAAAAAAGAAACUCCCUAUUUUAUCCUCCCCCGACAGCUCUCGGAGCCCGUGAAGUUUGCUCAACCUCCAUAGCCAGAGCCCAGAACACCUGCAUCAAUAUUCUCUCUCUCACUCUACUCGCAGAGCAAUGGUGUCGACCAGUGCUUUCACAGCUAAAAUUUCCAGCUUGAACGGAGCGACUGACUGGAAAAGGCCUUCCUCGACGUCGCUUUCCUUCUUUGCUCCAAAGAGUGUUUCAUGCAUUUCGAGGAAAUAUGGUGUGUUUUGGCACUAUUUUGUCCCAAAAAAAGAGCCGAAUGUAUCACAUUAUGAUAGCAAAUUGGGUAACAGGAAUAAAUUCAGAAAUACUGUUGUCAGAUCUGAACUUGCUGAAUCUGGAUCACCAAGUGUUGCCUAUCCAGUAUCAGAACUUCAACUGGAUCCAAAAAUUAGAGGAAUUUGCUUUUAUGCCGUCACUGCUCUCGCAGCAAUUUUUCUAAUUCUACCAAUGAUUGUACUGCAUCCUUUUGUGCUCUUGUUGGAUCGACACCGCAGAAAAUUUCAUCACCUUAUUGCUAAAAUUUGGGCAACUUUAACCAUUACUCCAUUCCUUAAUGUCAAAUAUGAGGGAUUGGAUAAUCUGCCUGCACCAGAUGCACCUGCUGUGUAUGUUUCCAACCACCAGAGUUUUUUAGACAUAUACACUCUUCUCACUCUUGGGAGAAGCUUUAAGUUCAUCAGCAAGAGAGCAAUUUUCCUCUUUCCUAUUGUUGGUUGGGCCAUGUUUCUGCUCGGUAUUAUUCCUUUGAAGCGAAUGGACAACAGAAGUCAGUUGGACUGUCUAAAACGUUGCAUUGAUCUCGUCAAGAAGGGUGCAUCUGUCUUUUUCUUCCCAGAGGGGACUCGAAGUAAAGAUGGAAAAUUAGCUGCUUUCAAGAGAGGUGCAUUCAGUAUUGCUGCCAAAACCAGAGCUCCAGUUAUACCAAUUACUCUCAUGGGAACUGGAAAAAUCAUGCCUGCGGGAAUGGAGGCUAUAUUAAAUCGAGGAGCUGUGAAAGUUGUUAUUCACAAGCCUAUAGAAGGAACUGAUGCAGACGUACUUUGCAAUGAAGCUAGAAGCACGAUUGCUGAGGUGCUUAGCAACCGAGGCAAAUGAAUUGCCAUAGAUGCUGUCUGAUGUUCACAGCCCAUUGUACCCCUUUGUGUGGAUGGAAGAAAUAUUAUCUUAAAGGUUAAAAUUCAUUAGCCUGUUUCUUUCAGCCUACAUUUACUUUACUGUUUCACCUAUGCAACAAUAAUGCUGUCUUCGCCUGUUAUUUUAAAGUUUAGAAUUCGUCAACAUGUUUCCUUUAACCUACUUUGGGUGAGUUUUUCAUCAACGCAGCAGUAAUUCUGCAGGAGCUUAUGAAAAUAAUCUUAGUUCUUUUAGAA